ACGGGCUAAUUGGGGUCCGUGCACCGGUGGGCGACCAUUUUUAAGACGCUGCUUCGUUCCGUCGAGGGCGGCAAAGCCGACAACACCUCACGCGGAAUGCGGCGCGGAGCUCCCACGUCGCAAGAUAGCGUGGGGCCCAGACCCACCUACGGCACGGCCACUACGCCCCGCUCACAGCGAUCCGCGGCUACCACGCCACGUUCCCAGCGCUCCGGUUCGGCUUCCCACGGCACUGUCCUCGUAAACCUCGACGUGUUCAUCCACCGGGCCAACAUCGGCCGCGACAUCAGCCCGAACGACGAGGACCUGAUCGUGCUUUUCCGUCGUAACAGCAAGGAAGUAUCGUCGGAACCUGCGCGCUGGAGUGCCGAGCACUGUGCCGUGUGGAACCAGCACUUGGCUAUCCAGACGUCGCUUCUCAAACACAAGAAGCCUCAGCAGGGCGCGACGGCCUCCGAGUUCCUCAAGAAAGAAUACGAGAUCGUGCUCGUUGCGUUGGUCCAUCUGCCCAGCCAUUCCGCUGUCGCACUCUUCUCGCUGGACUUCGCCACGCUUGUACAGCUGAACGCCAGCCCACAGGACCGACACAAGUCCUUCCGCAUUUCACCUCUCAAGUGUCGAGACUUGGCGGCCACGCUUGAGUUCGAUAUUACGUGGGAGCUGGUUCAACCGCCUAGCAGCUCGCAGGCCAACACUGCAGCCAACAUGAUGAUGCAUUCCAGCACCAAUUCGCACGUGACUGGGUUGGCUGGUUUGCCGCCGUCAUCCACUCUACUAAAUAAGAGCGCGCAGGGUCCUAAAACGCAGACACCCAAGGCUCAAACGCCGCGUUCUCGAGAGGCGUCCAAGUCCCGACGGGGCGCCAAUGAGACGUCGUCUGUAUCGACGCGACGGACGACAGCCAGUCUCAGCUCGGCCGGUAGCGAGCGCGAACUACUGGAGGAGCUUUCGUCCUCCAACUGCAACAACUGUCGCUCUGCUAAGCGCAGACUCGAUCGAAAGGAAGUACAGGUGCUGCAACUCGAGUCGUUCUUGAAGGAGUCUCAGAAGCGUAUCGACGCGCUGUCCACCGAGAACGAGGAGCUGCUUAUUCGUGAAAAGGCCGAGACGCGCAAUGCCGCACAACAGCGUGCACUGACGUUGCGUCUGCUACAGGAGCUGGAGACGGCCGUGCAGCUUUGCAACAACCAGAUGCAGGUUCAGGACAUGACGUUGUUGCCUCAGGUGGAGCUGAUCGAGCGUGUGAAAAAACUACACGAGGAAGCGGACCCGCUGCAUGGCCACGUAGAGAGCUCUCGCCCUUCACACACAUCACAGACGUCGUACGGCUCCACAUUCGACUUCCGAGCCGAGACAGAGGCGGCGUUGCAGCGCAACCAGCGACUACAGCAACAACUUGAGUUCCUUGGCCGCUCUAUGGACUAUGAUAGCGAAUCAGCCGAGCCCGUCACGCGGUCUCAUCGAGCAGCUACAGAUACGUCGGGCACUACGAUCUCUUCCGCGCGUAGCGGUAGCGUCACGGUGGAGUGCGAACCUCGACCGGUAGCGCUGACAAUGACACAACAGCUCAACAAUCUCGAGCGUGAGAACUUUAAGCUACGCGCUGAGCUCGAGGGAGCGCUGGCCAAUGCUGCUCGAGCUCUGAAGAAGCACUCGGGCGGGUUCCCGUCUGGUUUGACGAACGGUCUGUCGCUCACUGCUGAAGUGUCGGAGACGACGAGCUCGUCUAGUCGUGAGGACAUCGAGGAGCCUGAAAACGAGGACGCGGCGCUACUGUCUCGUAUCCGCGAACAACACGAGCUCGAAGCCGGACGUUCAGCAGCACUUGAGUCGGAGCUGGACAAGGCCAAGAGUGAGAUUGACAAACUCAGGGAGCAGCUGGAAGUUGUGCAGAACGAUCGUCCGUCCAAGGAGGAGAAGGCGCCGUCGCAGGCGCCUGGGUUCCUGGACAAGAUCUACGCCGACGUCGGCAAGGCCAAGAUGGUGCUUGAAGACCGUGUGAAGCAACUGGAUGAGAUGCUGGCGAAUGCGACGGAAGAGAACGGACGUCUCCGCAGUCAGGUCGAAGAGCUCCAGAAGCAGAAGAGCAGCAGCCAGGACCAAGCAACAACAGCGGAGAUGGAAGCACACAUUGCUGAACUCGAGAGGCUACUGGAACAGCGAGAGAAGGAGGCGAAGGUGAAAGAGGGAGAACUGGCGAGAACCAAGAGGCAGCUUCAGGAUGCUGAGACUCGAGCUCGUGCAGGUGAGAGUGCCAAGUCCGAGCUUGAGAGUGAGCUUGCAGGUGUACGUCUUUCCCUCAAAAUGGCACAGGAAGCAACUGCGCAGCUGGAGAACCAGCUGGCGAUGAUGUCGUCGAGCGCUGCUCCCGCGACGACCACGUCCACGUCCUUCGUAUCUCACAAAUCGUUCGCUAGCGACGCUACGGGACACAACGACGAGUUAGCUGAGAUACAGAAGCAGCUGAAGUUGUCCAAGCAGGAAGUGAUGCAGCUCCGUUUCCGCAGCAACCAGCUCGAGAGCGUCCACAAACGUCUCGAAGACGCACUCAAGGAGAAACGUACGUUGGAGGUGAAGCUGACAGCCCUGGAAGGCCAGCUCUUCGAGCAGCGCAGUCGCACGAUCAACACGGACAACAGCAGCUUCACUGCUCCGUCGCUGGACGCCAAGAGCUCAGCUAUGUUAACGGACAUGCAACGCGAGCUAGACCAGAAGUCUGCUCAGCUCAUGAUCGCGGAGCGAGAGGUGGAGCAUCUGCGUGGCCAACUGACCGACCAAGGCAUCGAGAUCACGAGCCCUGGCAACAUCGAAGACGUGGCGGAUAAGGUCAAGCAGUUCGAGAACGAGAUUGCGCGUCUGUGCCAGCGCAACGACGAUCAGGCCAGGAAACUGGAGAAACUCGGAGCGCGCGUGACGGUCGCCGUUCGCGAGCGCGAUGAGCUUGAGGUGAUCGUACAGCAGAUGGUCACGGAGAUGUCGCUGCUGGGCAAGGACGUGACGCUACCUCGCACUUGCCGCACGGCUUCGAUCCCUGAGACGGAUGAGCUGGAGGAGAAGUCGCCGUCGAUGACACGCCGCCCGCCGCCGAUGCAGACAAGCAAGAUCACCGACCGCUAUGCGAACGCCGUGGCGUCCAGCGCCAGUGCGUCUCACGCGCCCAGCUCUAUAACGCCAGGCGUGGCCAGCAGCAAGGUGGCGCAGCUCAUGAAGAACUUUUCCACUCAGAGCAGCGACGACGGCAGUCCCGGCGUGUCACCGAGCGGCGUGGCCUUCAAAAAGCCCACGAAGCUAGACUUCCGCAACCGCAAGGCGUCGAAUACCAGUCACCGCAGUAACGACGGUUAAACAAGCCCUUAAUUAUUUGAUGUGAAAAGCAGUACAAGGAGAGGAAUGAGGAGGAUAAACAACGUUAAACCGUAAUCAAAGGUCAAGUUGAAGUAGCGA